AUCCUUUAAAAGUAACAUAAAACCAUUUUUUUUUUCAAAUCCAUUGAUAAAACCAUUGAUUAUAAAAUUUUAAAAACUAAUCAAAUAAUUAUUUUUAUUUUUUACACCUUCAGUUCGAAAAACUUCAGAAACUUUCGUUCUGUCAAUUUUUAAAUUGUAUAAAACAUUUUUACGAUAUAGGUAUUUUUAGCUUAUUUUAAAAUGUCUUACAAUUUUAAAAAAGAAGAAGAUGUGAAAGAAUAUAUAAAGAAUAUAGGAAUUGAAUACAGGUUUGGUUGCUUUAGUGAAAAGGAUCCUCAAAUAUGUCAAUUGCUUGGAGACUAUCUAGAAGCUAUCGAAAAUAAUCCAGACAAAGCCGCCAAAAUUUAUAAACAAAAUUGUGAUGAACGGCAUUUUGGUCGUAGCUGUUAUAAAUAUGCUUCAUAUUUGGAGAAAACAAAUUUGAAAAAUUUAAAACCAGUUCUGCCUGAAAUGAUCAAAUAUCUAAAAAAAGGCUGUGAUCAUAAUUGGUCAGAUGGUUGUUUUGCCGCUGGUAUGAAAUUAAAUUACCAUAGCAACCUUAUUCCAAAUAUAGAAGAAAGAACAAAGAGCAUACUAGAGGGUCUUCAAUAUUUGGAAAAAGCAUGCAAUAACCGUCAUGCGGAGGCAUGUUAUGUAGCCAGCACAAUUCAUUACAAUGGUUAUGACGAAAUUGGCCUGAAGCCUAAUAAAAUCAAAUUUUUAGAGUUUUCGGAAAAAGCUUGUGAACAUAAUGACAUUAGAGCGUGUGUUAAUGCAUCGGUAGCCUAUAAAAAAGGAGACGGGGUACCCGUUGAUUUAGAACUAGCUCAAAAGUUUAAAGAUAAAGCUCUAGAUAUUCAAAAACAAAUAUUAGAAGAAAAAGGUGUACAAUUUAAUAGUUAAUCCAAUGAUGAAUUAUAGUAUUUAGUUUUAUUUAAAACUUUAGCUGUUAAGCAAGUCUUAUUGUUUGUUAAUAUAUUAUACUAUGUGAAUACUUUGGAAUACUUGAGCCUUGUAAAUACACUUUUUCAUCUUGUGA